UUCGUUUUUUUGUUGCAUUCUUUAGCUUUCAAUCGAUCGUUGGCUCUUUUUUUUUUACUCCGACAAAACCGGUCGUCAUCUGGAGCGUUCUGCCCUGUGUCGGGAGAAUAGUUCUUCGGCGGUUUUACCCGAGAGAAACCAGCGGUCUGUGUUUGCGUCAGUUUCCGGCCGCGUCUGCUGCUCUGGCAACACCGAACAGGAAGAGGGACGCAGAGAGACGUCUGAACUGAGAGCGGAAACUGCUUCGGCUUCUUCGUCGGCCUCAGGAUGACUGAGUUCUGGGUUUGUUUCAGCUGCUGCAUUGCGGAGCAGCCACAGCCUAAGCGGCGGCGGCGGAUCGAUCGCUCCAUGAUCGGGGAGCCGACAAACUUCGUCCACACCACACACGUCGGCUCGGGGGACAUGGGCCUGGGGUUGGCUUCAGUGGACCUCGUUCAAGCCCAAAUGAAAUCUAAAGGCGGCUACAUGCACGGAGGAUCUGAAGGGUCUCAGUUGUAACAAGCCCUUCACAGUCUUGUGGAAACUACUGUUGUUGAUAUGAGGAAGCGUUUUCAAAAAAGCAGUUCUGUCUGUAAUGGACGUAGGACCAAAAGAUGAAACUACUGCUUUUCCAUAAUGUUGUAUAUAUUUUUAUUUUCCAUUCCUUUUUUUAAAUUUGUUUUUUUAUGAAAGCACUGCUAUCCAUUUGCUGCCAUACUGUUGCACUGCAAAGAGUAACUUAGGAAUAGAUAAGAGGGUUUAGAAAGCUCAUAAUCUCAGAUGUAUGCUUGCGUGUGUAUGCAUGAGGAAAAAUAUUUUCACAAAUAUUUGCCGUUGUAGCCCAUUUGGAUGCCUGUAUUUAUUAUCUGAUUUGUUAAACGGACCUCACGGUGGCUGGGCCACGCUGGAGAUUUGGAACAUUCAGUUUCUUUCUUUAAUUUUCAGAGGUUUAUCAAAGGACAGGUAGAGGUGGCGAGGCAACAAACAAAGAAAAGCGAUUACGUUCAUUGUUUUAUUCUGAUAAAUACUCAUUCUCUGAGCUUCUUUCAGGGUUAGAGAUUGCUUGUCUUGUAAUAAACUUGAAAUGAGUAGAGUACACUGGCUCUUACAUUGUACACUCACACUUGCUUAGGAAUUUUGCAUUGAUUUCAACUCUUAAGUUUUUUUUAUACUCAUUUAGAUUUGAACCAUAUAGAAUUUUAAUAAACUAUGAACUUCCUAAUCUGCCUUCUGAAGUCACGUUCAUUAUUGUGUUGGGCAGCUUGAUGCUAUACGCGCGAAGCUCAGUGGUUGCAACAGGAUUCAUAUUUUUUUAUAUUUUUAUUUUCAUGUCUUGUGACGACUAGAAUUGUACUUGGAAGUAACUAAAUCACAGCACAAACGUGGGCCGGGUUUUAUACAGUCGGCCGUCUUCUCAAACCGGCAGCCGACCUCCUGUAUGUCCAUCAGAACCAGUUUGGGUCGUGAUACUGCUGGUUCUCCCCCCCCCCCCACCCAGUGUCUUGUUUUGACAUCAUUUUUCCUUCCGUUUUUUGGUUGUGACACCGUUCAUCUUGGCAGAAAUGAUCUUGUUCCUCUGGAGAUCUUUAACAGCUUAAUGUUGUUUUUCUUUCUUUUAUUUUGAAAACUCUCCGGACCUCUUAAAGCUGACGCAUGCAUUCAACCUGCUGCGACCCACCUUUUCGUCGCCGUGUUUGUGAUCCAGUUGCUUCAGUGUUAAAAGACGUUUAAAGUUCUCUCCCCUUUAUUCAAGUCGAGAUGACGUUCUGUACGAAGGGUUCCUCUCGUCGGGGAACGUGGACGAGCGCAGCGCUUAUUGCCAGAUUACGCUGGUUGUCGGUUGCGCUAAUGAUCGGAGUCGAGUUCUCGGUCUUCUCGUCCCUCCAGUAUUGUCGUAUGUCGUCCAAAUUUCAGAACCUGGCUCCAUUUGAAAAUACCUUUUUUACAAAUAGUGACGGAGCAGCUGCAGAAUGCUCAUUGGAUGCGUGGCCCCUGAUCCUCGGGGGGGGGGGGGGGGAUGACCCUCAUCGCGUCUCACUGUCAUUCUGAAUCAAAGAGGUGAAGCGUGUCGAGCGAAACCAGCUGGCCUGGAUUCACCAACACAUGUCAUUAUUUGUUCUCGAUGUACAUCUUUAUGAUUCGCUAACAACAGAAUGUGGUGGUGGUGUUAAAGUCGAGCAAAAGUCUGUGUAAAUUGGUGUCAAAUGCGUGCUAUUGUCAUACUAUUUAUGAUUUUUUUUUUUAAGAAGAUAUUUUGUGUUGGUACCAGGCGGCACAGAUUUCCUGAUAAAUAUAUAUAUAUAAUCACAAUUGUAAUAUCUUUAUUAUUUACGGCCAUACGAUUUAAUUAUGCGAUUGGAUAUUGUCCCAGUGCCCAUCUGUUCCUCUUUAAAUGUUCCUGUAGUAAUUCCUGUGUGAAAAGAGAUCCACAUCUGUAUCGAUUAGUCUGAGUUUGUUUCCCAGCAGGUGUCAGACAUACUGGGCUGCAGUACAUGAUGUGACCAGCAGGCUGUGCUUGUGGACUGGUUGAAUGUGACUUUAAAAUGUUGUUUCCUUUUGGGAUUCUUGUAAUUGGACUUCUUCUAUGAUGAUACUGUAAAUAUGUAACAUGAAAGUAAUGGAUCCAUCGUUUAUAUAUGUAUUCAGGGUCAUACAUAUUCUAGGCUAUUUUUCUGUAUGACAUCAGUGGGAGGAGAGAGAGUUGGAGCAGUGUUUUUGUUUGUUUUUGCUUCUUCUUUUUUUAGGAACUUCCUGAUAAGUCUUUACUACUUUUAAGGGAAGUUCAUCAGUCUUUUUUUUUCUUCUGCAUUUUUCAGAAUAAACAAUGAGAAAUAAAUGUUAAAUGUUAAAGUUUGA